AUGGCCACCCAAAAGCUCUGGCUCCGCUGCGAGAAGAAGGAGUUUGAGCGUCGUUCCGCCCUCUCACCCUCUACGGCCAAAAAGCUCAUUAAAGCUGGCUUCGAGAUCUUUGUAGAACGCGAUGAGCAGCGUAUCUUUGAUGAUGCUGAAUUUGAGGCCGUUGGUUGCAAACUAGUCGAUCACAAUUCGUGGCCCUCUGCUCCCCAGGACAUCCCAAUCAUCGGGCUGAAGGAGCUUCCUGUUUCGGAGGACCCCUUGCCGCACACUCACAUCCAGUUUGCUCACUGCUACAAGAAACAGGCUGGUUGGUCCACUGUCCUUUCGCGAUUCCACCGUGGUGGAGGCACACUCUACGAUCUUGAAUUCUUGACCGAUGCCACUGGGCGCAGAGUAGCAGCCUUCGGGUACCAUGCAGGUUUCGCUGGUGCUGCUGCAGGAGCUCUGGCGUUGGCGGCACAAAAGAAGGGCGAAAAGCUCGGGCGUCUUGAGCCGUAUGAAAAUGAGAGUGCUAUGAUUGAAAGCCUCAAAACCACGCUUGGCGGAAGUGCUAAAGGUGUCAGGGCCCUUGUCAUCGGCGCUCUGGGUCGAUGUGGCCGAGGCGCUGUCGAACUUUUCAGGAAGAUCGGCCUCGAUGAGGAUGAUAUAGUGAAGUGGGACAUGGCUGAGACUGCGAAAGGCGGCCCGUUCCAGGAGAUUCUCGAUGUCGACAUCUUCGUCAACUGCAUAUACUUGUCCUCUGCCAUCCCGCCGUUCCUGACACACGAGCAGAUCAACUCGGCAGGCAGUAGGCGAAGACUGUCUGUCGUCGUUGACGUCAGUUGUGAUACCACGAACCCUUACAAUCCAAUUCCGAUCUACAGCAUCAACACUACCUUCUCCGAACCGACGGUACCGGUCAUAUUGAACGAUGGUUUACCGAGGGUUUCGGUUAUAUCAAUUGAUCACCUGCCUACAUUACUUCCUCGUGAAGCUUCUGAACAGUUCAGCUCUGACUUACUUCCUUCUCUCCUCGAAUUGCCGUCGCGAAGCUCGGCGCGAGUGUGGACUGAAGCGGAGAAGUUGUAUACAGAAAAGCUCGGAGAAGCGGUUCAAGAGGAAGGGCUGCGGUAA